CGCUGCUGCUGGCCGUCAGCCGGACAGUUAAAUGUAAUAAUCUGUGAUCCGCUGCGGCUUGGAGUGAAAUUACAUUGUUAUACAUUCUAGCCAAUCGCAUCCGUUUUACAUCCGCACUAGACAGUUUGUUGCUAUCUAACAGGCAUUUUGCGCAAUCACUCUCAAUCCUUCCGCUUUUGAGACACUCGGAGCUUUAGAAACGAUCCAGCAACAUACGAACGAAUCGAAAGGUUACGGAGCUGAAGGUCUAUCGCGCAAAACCGUCGGCAACGGAUCACAAAUAACGUCGAUUUAGAUUGCCAUGUCAGAAUCUGGCGGGGAUGCAAAGCUGGAGGUGAAACAGGCCAGCAAAGAGUUUAAAGAGAGUGAAAACGUUGCCGAGAAAUACUCCGCGAUGACAAGCACCAAGAACAGCGACGUGAACAUGAACGUCGGAGAGCUUUCCGCCGCAUUCACUGCGGUCCCGACCCACAAAUCUAUUAAGAAGCAGAUUCAGUUUGCUAACCAAGAGGACAAACAGGAGUUCAGCAAGUUCCCUACAAAGACCGGGCGUCGCUCCUUGUCUCGCUCCAUCUCUCAGUCCUCCACGGACAGCUACAGCUCAGCGGCCUCGUACACUGACAGUUCAGAUGACGAGACGUCUCCUCGUGAGAAAAGCCAGGUCAACUCAAAGGGCAGCAGUGACUUCUGCGUCAAGAACAUCAAACAAUCUGAGUUUGGUCGGCGGGAGAUUGAGAUUGCAGAACAAGAUAUGUCUGCACUAAUUUCCCUGCGGAAGCGAGCCCAGGGCGAGAAACCCCUCGCUGGGGCUAAAGUGGUUGGCUGCACCCACAUCACUGCACAGACUGCAGUCUUGAUUGAGACACUUGUGGCUCUGGGUGCUCAGUGUCGCUGGACUGCCUGUAACAUUUACUCCACUCAGAAUGAAGUGGCAGCAGCUUUGGCAGAGAGUGGCGUAUCCGUUUUUGCCUGGAAAGGAGAAUCAGAAGACGACUUCUGGUGGUGCAUUGAUCGCUGUGUCAACAUGGAAGGCUGCCAGGCAAACAUGAUCCUGGAUGAUGGGGGUGAUCUGACCCACUGGGUGUAUAAGAAAUACCCCAGCGUCUUCAAGAAAGUGCGAGGGAUUGUGGAGGAGAGCGUUACAGGUGUACACAGGCUGUACCAACUCUCCAAAGCUGGGAAGCUUUGCGUCCCUGCUAUGAAUGUCAAUGACUCCGUCACCAAACAGAAGUUUGAUAAUCUGUACUGCUGCAGGGAGUCCAUCCUGGAUGGUCUGAAGAGAACAACAGAUGUGAUGUUUGGAGGGAAGCAGGUGGUGGUUUGUGGUUCUGGAGAGGUUGGAAAGGGUUGUUGCUCAGCUCUAAAAGCCCUUGGAGCCAUCGUGUGUGUGACAGAGAUUGACCCUAUUUGUGCCCUUCAGGCUUGUAUGGACGGCUUCAAAGUGGUGAAGCUUAAUGAGGUGGUACGCCAAAUAGACAUGGUUAUCACCUGCACAGGGAACAAAAAUGUUGUGACCAGAGAGCACUUGGAUCGAAUGAAGAAUGGCUGUAUUGUCUGUAACAUGGGCCAUUCCAACACUGAGAUUGAUGUGGCGAGUCUGCGAACUCCAGAGCUUACCUGGGAGAGGGUGCGCUCACAGGUCGACCACAUCAUCUGGCCUGACGGGAAACGAGUGAUUUUACUGGCUGAGGGCCGGCUCUUGAACCUGAGCUGCUCAACAGUACCAUCAUUUGUGCUAUCAAUCACUGCCACAACUCAGGCUUUAGCCCUAAUAGAAUUGUAUAAUGCACCAGAAGGUCGCUACAAACAAGAUGUGUACCUGCUGCCAAAGAAAAUGGAUGAAUAUGUGGCCAGCUUGCAUUUGCCCAACUUUGACGCUCACCUUACAGAACUGUCAGACGAACAGGCCAAAUAUAUGGGCCUCAACAAGAACGGACCCUUUAAACCAAAUUACUACAGAUAUUAGUGUGAUGGGAUCAAUUCAGCCUUCAUCAAAGAUGGAGAAACCUGUAUCAACAAGUGAAGCUAGAGAUUUAUUUUCUAUUAAUCUACAUUUCUUAAAGCAAAACUUGAUUUUAUUGAAUGUUAUUCUUAUUUAAUAGUGUUACUAACGUACAGUGACAAAGUAUGCUCAUGUCACUUUUAGUAUUAUGGAUAUUGUAAGAAUUUAUAUAUUAUUACAUUUGUUGUAAAUCAUCUUUUAACCUACAUACAAAAGGACCGCUGUUUAUUGCUCUUAAAGUGUGCCAAAUAUUGGUUAUACUGUAGUUACUGAUCAUAUAGGACAGUUGAUAAUUGUUAAUGUUUUGUUUUUACAUGGUUAUUCGAUUCACUCAAGGUAACACUAAACUCAUUUAUUAGAUACAGAAAAGUUGUCUUUGUGGCUUUUUAAUAUAAAAACGUUAGUCUUGGUAUAAUUUUCCUGAUUAAUUGCUCUUGCAUUAGAAAAUCAAACAGCUUUUUGAAUGAAUGUACUAUCUAUUACUGCUAAAAGCUAGAGUUUUUAGCAAUAUGAUACACACCACUGUGUGCUGCAAAAUAUAUCCCACUUGGGGGAUUUUAUGAAUCGUGUAACCAACAGGGAUUAUUUUCUCUGUUACACUCUCACAUACUUUGAACAUCUCUCUGUGGCCUUUUAACAAAUUAAAUAACACAUUUAGUAAUAAAUGCUUUAUAGGCCAAUCUUAGAUGAAUAUAAAUGCAACGAUAGUUAUAUGAUUGAAGUCAGAUUUUGUGAGAUAUUUAUUUAAAAUGAUGAUCCCCUGGAACCAAACAAACCCACACAUAGACAGCUUGACUCAAAAUGAAUACUCAUAUCUUGAUUACCAUCUCUAAAAGACUUCAAAUGUCUUAAGAAAAUAUCACUGUGAAUACUGACAUUUCAGUAUUUGCCUCAUCUGCACUUUGUUUGUGAUAUACCUUGCAUCCUUUGUCAAGUGUGUUCCCUCUGCUUUGAUGUCAUACAAUCCCUGUACAAGCUGCAUUAAAGAUCUUGCUGUCACAAAGUCUGCACUUUGAAAAAUAAUUAUGCUAUUAAAUUAUAUCACAACCA